UUGGCCAGCCUUGUUGCUGUUUGGUUCGUCGCUCGGCUGCUGGAAAAUUGUUUACAGAGGGCAAUCUCUUCCCCUUUCUGGCACCAUUGCGCCGUUUUGUUUAUUUGAAAUUCCAAUUGGCUUGUGGCACAUACAAAUCUACACACACAUUUGAAUCAUGCAAAACAUGCGUCUGUGGAAAGUUAAACGGGUCUCGCUGGUGAUCAGCGUUAUCCUCUUGUUGUACGUCUUUGUUUUCUCCGCCGGCUAUCACAAAUAUCAAAUUGACGCCGUUAUCGGCAACGCCGAACCGGAAGCCGUUUGGGAAUAUGUGGCUGACUUUAACAAAAUGCGCCUGCUGAAUCCCACGAUCCUAAAUUUUAAGAUUCUUAAUGAUGAGGGGCACAGCCACGACUGGCGCUACACGGUGCGGUAUACUGAGCGACUGUCGCACUGGCCACACUGGUUGAACGAGGCGACUGCCAAGUAUGUGGUGACCAAGACACUGCCGGGUGUCCACCCAUUAGUUUGGGCCGUCCAAUCGACCCAUGAGACGUGCUUCUUGGGCGGACUCUAUUGCUUGCGCUCGCUCAGCGAAUUCAGCUUCAGCGCCCUCGGCACCGAUACAUUUGCCAAUGAGAAGAUCCAAUAUCAAUGUCCGCCUCUCCUCGUCAGCGCCUGUCGUCGAGAGCUGGAGUUCCAGCGUCGCGCCGUCAUGCACAAUCUGACGCACAUUUUUAAGAGAACCUAAACAUGAAUCUAUAAUUUGUCCACUUUAAUAUGUGUCAUCGUAUAUCGUGUAUGUAUGAAUUUUUACAUUUAGACAUUUAAAUAUUUUUAAAAAAAAAUUGUAAUUGAUAUUCAACAAAAUAAGAUAAACUUUUGCCAACAAAAUGAUUAAAAUACACAAACUGCAUAUGUAUGGAAACUAAA